AUGAUCGGUGGCCAUUUUCUAUUAUUUGCCUUGGCUACCGUAGCCCGGAGCGUUGAAAUUGACCCGAAUGGCUAUGUCAUAUAUUGUCCUUGUAUGGGGAGGUUUGGAAACCAAGUCGAUCAGCUUCUUGGGAGUGUUGCUUUUGCUAAAGGGCUAGAUCGAACCCUGGUGUUACCACCAUUUAUCGAUUUUUCGAAACCAGGACAAGCGGCCAUGAUCCCAUUCGAAGAGGUCUACCAACCAAAAACUCUUGGACGACAUCUAAAAGUGAUUACGAUGGGCGAUUUCAAGAGAAAUAUAGCUCCAGAAAUCUGGCCGAAAGAGAAGAGACAAGCCCUCUGCUGGUCGCCGCGCGAAUCCUUUUACCAGAAGGGAUCUCCACCGGGUGUUUCGCAAAGGAGGGCAACCCAUUUGGGCCUUUCUGGGAUUAUGCUGGAGUGGAGUUUGUAUCUGAUGCUUAUUAUGGAAAUAUUGAGGUACACAAACUUUUCGAUUUCCGAUAUUUUUCAUCAGGGCGGUUACGAUCUCACCGUCAGCGGAUCCAGGAAAGCGUGGAGUUCAAACUAUCCGUCCGCUGAAUAUCCGGUCCUAGCUUUUACUGGAGCCCCAGCCGCCUUCCCAUCAAGAAGAAAGGAUUGGGAAACCCAAAAAUAUCUCCGGUGGAACACCAAGAUCCUUCAAAAGGCUCGUAGUUUCAUCAAUCAAACCCUAACAAGGCCCUUUGUUGGGAUUCAUCUCCGGAAUAAUGUCGAUUGGAAUAGCGUCUGUGAUCACAUCAACUCGGACAGAACUGAACAGUUAUUCGCAUCGGCACAAUGUCUAAAUGAUGCUCCCCGGAAGGGAGAUUUUACAAGGGAGUUGUGCUCUCCCUCGGAGAAAACCGUCAUCGAUGCUGUAGUCGAUCAGGUCGGAAAAAUCGGCGCCAAAUCCGUCUACGUGACCAGCGACAAGGAUUUCAUGGUCUUACCUCUCGGGGAAGCUUUGGCAGCAUAUGAUAUCAAAGUCUAUACCCUCAAGGAAGAAAAUCCACACGUCGCCCUGGCCAUCCUGCAAGAGUCCGAUCAUUUCAUUGGCAACUGCAUCUCCACUUUUACAUCCAUUGUCACCCGACAUCGUCAAUUCUCCUACGCUCAACCCCGACCGACCACAUUUUUUGGCCAUAUGCCAAAACAUGACGAAUACGCUCCUAAGAAGAAGAUUGAGCUC